GCCUUCCCAGUCAGAGAGCUAUGGCGCCACAACAAAGUAUAGUUCCCAGAACCAACUCCAAUCCCCAGAAUGCCAUAGCAUUGCAUUACAUUUAUUACGGCAAAUAGCCAGCAUAGUAACGUCAUAGCAUUGAACCGUGGCAGUUUAAAGCGGUGCCAAACUGGACUAUUCCUGCUGUGCAGAAGCAUCCCAAGAUGACGACCUGUUUCCUGCCCCAGGCCUCCUGCGACGCGCAAAGAAAGGAAAGGGAAAUCAUUUUGGGCUUCUGGUCCCACAAACCUUGUCUGGACAAGUUUGUAAGCGAACCGAAAGGAAGGGGAAAAACACCCGGAGGGCAGAACCGAGAGACAAACAAAGCCAUUGAGUUACGCUGCAAAUAUGCAGGCGGCCCAGGUGGCCGGACGGGUCCAGGAUUCCCUCUCAGUGCUUUGUGAUGUUGUGUGCUUGUGUUUGCGUGUUUGCAAAGAAUGAACUGGAGUCUUCGUCACUCGGACGGGGCGGGCCUCAGCUCAAGGAAGUCUAUCUCUUGCUCCAUCUCUCUCUGUCUUGAUGCCUCUUCUCUGCUUCUGCUUUCCUGCCUCGAUGAUGGUACAUCUUCCUCGGAGCGCAUGAGGCCAGGACAUACCGAACGCCACGGUAAGAUGGAGACGUUCAGCUCCCGCAACCUGGCCCUCCAAGCGGAGAAGAAAAUCCUCAGCCGGAUGGCCAGCAAGUCCAUGGCCAACAUGUUCAUCGACGACACCAGCAGCGAGAUCCUGGACGAACUCUACCGGAUCUCCAAGGAGUACACCCAGAACCGGGCCGAGUCCCAGAAGGUCAUCAAGAACCUGAUCAAGGUGGCCGUCAAGAUCUCGGUCCUCUACCGCAACAACUGCUUCAGUGAUGAGGAGCUGGCCUGGGCCGAGGAGUUCAAGCGCAAGCUCCACCUAGGCGCCAUGACAGCCAUCAGCUUCCACGAGGUGGACUUCACCUUUGAGAAGGGCGUCCUGGCCGACAUCCUCCAUGAAUGCCGGGACCUGCUGCUCAAGCUGGUGGAGAAGCACCUAACCGCCAAGUCCCACGGGCGCAUCCGACAUGUCUUCGACCAUUUCGCCAACGUGGAGCUCCUCGCUCAGGUAUAUAGUCCCGGGGAGCCCUACCAGCCACGCUUGAAGAAGAUCUGUGAGGGGAUGAACCGGCUCAUUGACGAAGGGAGGUUGUGAGGAGGACCAUCCAUGGACAGAAGGAUGGCAGAGAAACCAACAGGAAGAAAACGUCAACUGUAUGCGGUAGACACCGUUAACCCAUACACUCUGACAAUUUGUUCCUCUGUUUAGCAAAAGGAUGAUGGGAGGGAUAGUGGCUUCUACAUAGCUACAUCCUCUUUGUAACCACCAUUGAGAGGACCACUGAGCCUGGCACCCAAAAAAUUUGGGGGGAUUCAGGUGUGCAGCUCCAAUAGGAGCACAAGCCUCGAACCAUCGAAACUAAACACAAAUCCCAACCUCGUUCCUACGAAUUAACACUCCAGUCUGCAAGAACUAGAAACAACAUUGCUGGACAAGACUAAUGAAAGCUCAGAUAAUAGUCCCAAAAUGUGUGAACUGAGUGUGCGACUGUGGUUUGUCACCUCCGCAGGAGAACACAAAAGCAAUCCUGCUGUAUUGUUUGCAGAUAAUAUUUACUUUGUCACGUGUUUAAUACUCGUUUUUCUUUUGCUGUCACAUUGGGCAAUCCCUGGCCAGACAAACAAGUCUAGCUCUAAAAGGAAGGAAGGAAUGUAAGUAAACUCUCCAAAACCCAGAGCUUGAGAAGAACUCCUUCUUUGGAUGAGAUUUCUCAGGGGAUUCUGAGAGUUGUAGUCCAAAGAGGGGACUUUUCCCAAUGUCUGCCAUCGCUUUUUCUGUCAUCUGACACGCUUUCACCCAUUCCCUUGAAGGAGCCCAAAGAAAACUCAAUUACAGUUAUCCCUCCAUAUUCGCUAGGGUUAGGGGAACAAGACCCCUGUGAAUAUGGAAAAACCGCAAAUAACAAAAACACUGUCUUUACCUCUCUAGAAAUCUCUAGGUUCUCCAG